CCACGGAGGCCUCUCCCUCUGGGGCAGCUGGUUAAGAGGGCUCUCGGGGCCAGGAGUCCUCAGGAUCCCCGCCGAGGGUAGCCCUGACAACCACGGUCUCAGAGCCCAGGCGGAAGGAAGGACGGUGGGAUUCGGAAGACGUUUUGACCCUCGUUGGGACACUCCUUCUCCACCAUCCUACAGGUCCCUCACCAUUGUUCUCCAGAGAUGAUGGAUUCCCAAGAUCCCUCCUGGUCGGCCCAGCGUCUGUCCCUGCGGGGCAGUCUCACACUCCUUGUCCUCCUCCGUUACGCAGUGCUGGGUGAGGGAGAGUUUGCCGUGAUGGGCCAUGGGGACCCCAUCCUGGCCAUGGUCGGGGAAGAGGUUGAGUUCCCGUGCCACCUGCUGCCCGAGCUGGACGCCGGGGACAUGGAGGUGCGUUGGUUCCGGGACCGGUUCACCGACAUCGUCCACACCUACUACGACGGGCGGGACCAGUUCGACAUGCAGAUGAAGGCCUACAGGGGCAGGACGGAAUUCCUGAAGGAUGGCCUGCAGGAUGGGAGUGCCACCCUGAGGCUCCACGGGGUCAUCCCUGCAGACGAGGGGCAGUACGGCUGCCUGAUCCGCUCCGAGACCACCUCGGGCCAUGCCACAUGGGAGCUAGAGGUGGCAGGACUGGGCUCGGACCCUCACAUCUCCUUUGAGGGCUACCAGGAUGGCGGUAUCCAGCUGCGAUGCAGUUCGGGGGGCUGGUACCCCGAGCCUAAGGCCCAGUGGAAGGACCCUCAAGGGCAGUGUCUGCCCUCCCUGUCGGAAACCAAGUUCCAGGACUCCCAAGGUCUGUACCAUCUGGAAGUGUCGCUGGUGACCAGGGACCACUACCACCGAAAUGUAUCCUGCUCCAUCCAGAACCCCCUUCUGAUCCAGAAGAAAGAGUUCACCCUCCAGAUCGCAGAUGUGUUUUUGCCUCAAGUCUCCCCGUGGAGAGGAGCUCUUCUUGGGGUUUUAGGGUGUCUCCUGCUCCUCUUCGCUCCCCUGGCUGGCCUGGUGUUUUACCAUUUCCGGAAGCAAAGGAAAUCCAGAGAUAAACUGAAGAACAAGACAGAGAAAGAAAAAGAAAAACUCACAGUCAAGCUAGAGAAACUUCAGACGGAACUUGACUGGAGAAGGACAGAAGGCCAGGCCGAGUGGAGAGCAGCCCGCAGAUACGCUGUGGACGUGACCCUGGAUCAGGACACGGCUCAUCCCAUGCUUCAGGUCUCCGAGGACGGGAAGGGUGUAACCUACGGGGACACCAAAGCCGAUCUGCCCGGGGACCCCAAGCGAUUUGAGAACUGCCCCUGCGUUCUGGGCCGGGAGGGCUUCAUUUCGGGGCGACAUUACUGGGAGGUUGAGGUGGGGCAGAAGACCAGGUGGUUCCUGGGGGUGUGCCAGGAUGCCGUGGAGAGGAAAGUGGAGGUGAGGAUGUCUCCGGGGACGGGUUAUUGGGUGCUGGGGCUGUGGAACAGCGCCGAGUAUUUUAUCUUGGACCCUUACCGCGUCUCUGUCACCCUGAGAGUCCCGCCCCGUCGGGUGGGGGUUUUCCUCGACUACGAGGGGGGCAGGGUCUCGUUCUUCAACGUGACCGACGGCACCCACAUCUACACCUUCACUGCCACCUUCGCCGGGACCCUCCGGCCCUUUCUCCGGCCCCGUUCCCACGACGGGGGAGAGCACGCCGCUCCUCUGACCCUGUGCCCGGUGCCGGGCAGGCCCGAGGCGGUGGAUGACUGUGACACCUGGCUGCAGCCCUAUGACACGCCGGACACCAUUUUGGGCCAGUGGUGAGGAGUAUGCCCUCAAUAAACACCACUACCACUGGUGGAAUGAUUAGCUCGUCCCUUCAGGGACACGUCCCAACCCUUAUCUCUCGGGGUUCCCCCUCACAGUUCUCCCCUCUGCUCCUCAGCUUCACAUGACGUCUGCCACCUCCGCUGCACCGUACUCUCCCAAGAGCUUAGUAUAAGGCCCUGCACACAGUAAGCGCUCGAUAAAUACUACUGAUGGAUGAGAUGAGUAAUACCUCCUCAGUUAUUCCAGCUAAUCCUUGAGCAUCCGCACUCCCACCCAGGGGGACAAGGAAAAGGUGAACCGCUAAUAUCCACUAGCAAUCCCCCAAACUCACAUUUGCCUCCACGCCUCUUCUCCUCCCAGAUUUUUACCAGCCUAAUUACACUAACUGAAUUUUUCAAGCCCUCGCUAUGUGCCGAACGCUGUAGUAGAUACAAGUUAGUCAGGUCGGGCACAGACUGCGAGCCCCAGGUGGGACAGACACU